GCCCAGCUUAAUAUAUCAGGAAAUGUCACUAUUCACCGUGGAAGUGAAACUUUGGAGGACAGUAAACUUGUCACGGAAUUACACAAUACGGAAGAUAAUGCAUAUGAUAUUAUAGUCACAGAAAAUGAUGAUGAAAGCUCUUCAAGUGAUGAGAAAGAAGAAGAUGCGAAGCAGAUUGAACCAAAUCGUAUUGAAGAAGCAUUUCAAGUUAAAUACCAAGGCACAACCUUGGAAACUUUCUGUUCGCGACUAAAACUAUUUCAUGAUGAAUGGUACCAGCAGAUAAAACCAUACGCCCCUUACUUAACAAUCAUACAAAGCUCUGGUUCUGGUAAAACACGGCUUGUGGGGGAGCUGAGAACCAAGGGGAUCUAUAUCCUGUACAUUUGUGAAAGACAUGAGUGUAGUUCUGGUUACCCUGCAUCAACACCUUAUGUUCAAAAAAUUCUGGAAACGAUUCGGGACUAUAAAUUUGGGGCCCUCUUAUCAAUAGCAAUCAAAGAAAUUAAGAAUAAAAACUGGAGCGCAGAGGAGUUUUGGAAUAUUCAAAUUAAAGAUGAUCACAAAGCUGAGUGUAAUGAUUUCUGGCGAAGUGUCUUUAAAUCAUUAUUACAACAAAAAAAACCUUCAUCAGACUCUCGUGAUGAAAAUUUUGUGAAGAAAUUAUUUCACAAAGCCUCUAUAGUUUGUUGUAUUGAUGAGGCGCAUGAAUUACUUGCAAAGGCUACAAAGGCAAAAGAUGAUGAAACCUAUUUUGUUAAAUGGAGACGACAAAUUCGAGAUAUUUCGUGGGUUGGAUUCUUUAAUAUCCUUCUCAGUACAAGUGGAAAGAUUGGCAAUUUCCUCCCUCCAGUGACACAAGACACUAGAUCUGCCAGAUCACAUGAUUUCGUUAUAUUUCCUGCGUAUUUAGAUGUCAACACCAUGGAUGUAUUAGCACCGCUUGCCGAAAAUGUUGGUAAAGAAUAUGAUUAUACAAGGGUUGUUUAUCUAGGAAUUCCACUUUGGGGUUCCCUUGCUCAAGCCGGAGUUAGUCUUAUAAACCUUGUUCACCUAGCUUCACAAAAGAUCCGCAAUUUUAGUAAAAAGAAUAAUGAUCAUCUUGCGAAUCUUGCAUGUAUGGCUUGCUCCUUAUCUCUUGAGGUUUCCCCUCGAAUUGCAGAAGUAGACAGCUUGAUAGCAUCCCAUAUGGCAACUGCAUUAGGAGUUUCACUUGAUCGUACAAGUAUUCUUUGUACAUAUCCUUCUGAUCCUAUCCUUGCAUCCGGGGCACUUAAAGGUAUUAUUGAUGUUGGUUGGGAAAAUUGCUUGGACACACUGUUGGAACUGUUUAGUCGUGGUGUUGUUGAAGCGGGAGAAAGAGGAGAACUUGUUAAUCGUAUCUUAUUUUCAAAAGCUUAUGCAGAUGCUGUGAGGGAAUGUUUCCCUGACUCACCAGUAACAUAUUUGCAAAAAGUUCCUCUGAAAUUAUUUUUAAAGUCCUUAUUACGCGAAGAAAUAGAUGGUCUUGAUGAGUUACUUAAUAGAAUGGGUAUUGAUGAGGCAGAAAUUGGUUUUAACCAUUGGACAUCUUUGUUAGCUACCAAUCAAAAAUAUGUGGAAUCUGGGGGGAUGAAGUUUCUAACAGCGAAUCUUGUCAUAGAAGCUUAUCACCGCCACACUGCUUUCAAAAUGCCAUUAGGUUUUCCUGUUAUUGAUCAUAUCAUUCCCUUCAAGUAUAAUGCUGGCUAUGGUAUUAUUUCAAUUAAAACAAGAAUUCAAAAAAAAACAACCUUUGGUGCUAAGGAUAUUUCUUCUUUAAUACAUCCAUUAAAUUCCUUUGGUAAAUGGAAGAAGGGUUAUAAGAUUCUAGGCAUUUACAUCGAUCUUGGCUUAGAUAGAGAGAACGCGGUUGAAUCAAAAGCAGAAUUAAAGAGUAGAAAUGCUCCACAAACGCGAUCAAAAAAUAAAAAUAAUGAAGAUAAGAAAGAUGUAAAGAACGAUUAUGAUCAAAUUAUUUAUAUUCAAGGCGUCGGAUCUUUCAAAUGUUGUGGUAAGGAAAUUAGUGAAAGACUGUCUAAAAUACUUUUCACUCGUCCUUGGCCACUUGAUACCCAAUGGAGUGAGUUUGAUGAAAAGACAGAUUUAAAAAGGGAGGAUGUUAUCAAAACUUUUUUACCUCUUGUCUUCGAACAGAAACAGUCUUUGGUUGAUAAAUGGCAGUUAAUAUAAUAUUUAUAAAUUUAUAAUAAGAAAUGAAGCCGUUAAGUAUUAAUAUAAUAUUUUCAAUAAUUAGAAUAAAGUUAUAAUAAAG